GCGCCACCGGGGAAAGUCCGGGCAGAGCCCGAGCGGCGGCCAGGCCAGUGGAGGCUUCCGCAGUUGCACAUCCUCCUCCCCACCGCUCCUGCUCCCCGAACCGCACGCAGUAUGAGCCACGGGAAGGGAACCGACAUGCUCCCAGAGAUCGCCGCCGCCGUGGGCUUCCUCUCUAGCCUCCUGAGGACCCGGGGCUGCGUGAGCGAGCAGAGGCUUAAGGUGUUCAGCGGGGCGCUCCAGGAGGCACUAACAGAGCACUACAAACACCACUGGUUUCCCGAAAAGCCAUCCAAGGGCUCUGGCUACCGCUGCAUCCGCAUCAACCACAAGAUGGACCCCAUCAUCAGCAAGGUGGCUAGCCAGAUUGGACUCAGCCAGCCCCAGCUGCACCGGCUGCUGCCCAGCGAACUGACCCUGUGGGUGGACCCCUACGAGGUGUCCUACCGCAUUGGGGAGGAUGGCUCCAUCUGUGUCUUGUAUGAAGAGGCCCCGGUGGCCGCCUCCUACGGGCUCCUCACCUGCAAAAACCAGAUGCUGCUGGGCCGGAGCAGCCCCUCGAAGAACUACGUGAUGGCAGUCUCCAGUUAGACGCCCCCUGCCGCUCCCCACUCUGGCAUGCUACUGUACUCAUUCUGCUGUGACAACAGGCCACCACAUACCUCAACCUGGGGAACUGUAUUUUUAAAUGAAGAGCUAUUUAUAUAUAUAUUAUUUUUUUUAAGAAAAGAGGAGAAAAAAAACCAAAAGAUUUUUUAAAGAAAAAAAUCCUUAAAGGGAGCUGCUUGAAAGUGGCCUCCCCAGGUGCCUUUGGAGAGAAUUGUUGUGUGCUUAAAUCUAUGAGCCAGUGUGUCUGCCUAUGGGAAGGGGGAACGCUUAGGGGGUAGACCUAGCCAAGGUGAAGUGGGAGAAACUUGGCUAGCACCCCGGGAAGAUGUGAGAGGGAGCAAACAAGGUUAGCAACUGUGAAUGAGAGAGGUCAGGAUGUGCCCUGGGGGAGAAGAGAGGCCAAGUUUAAGCCUCUCUCUCUUUCUCAACUCUCUCUCUCUACAGGGACACCUGCAUCCCUGGCUCCUCUCUUACUCAGGGGCAUUCAAGCCUGGACUUAAAUAAUACUAUGUUGCCUAAUCUUCUCUUAUUUUUUCUAAUGACAUCCUGGGCAGAGAGUGAAAAGGCCUCUCCUGAUUUCUUCUGUUCUAAGCAGCUUUUCUUGAAAUCAUGACUUGUUUCUAAUUCUACCCUCAGGGGCCUGUAGAUGUUGCUUCCCAGCCAGUAAUCUAAGACUUUUGGGGUUUUUUGGGGGGGAGGCAGUUGGAGGUUAUUGGGAGUAGGAUGGAAGGGAACUGCACAAAAUCUUUGCUUUGCUAUGUGCUGCUUUGUGUGUAUGUGUGGCGAAUAAUUUGGGGGUGAUUUGCAAUGGAAUUUUGGGACCCAAAGAGUAUCCACUGGGGAUGUUUUUUGGCCAAAACUUCUUUUUGGAACCACAUGAAAGUCUUGAUGCUGCUGCCAUUAUCCUUUUGAGAGGUGGCUCAAAAGCUACAGGGAACUCCAUGUCCUUGAUUACUGCCUUCUUUUCAAAAGCACAACACUCCUCUCCAGCUCCUUCCCUUCUGGUUGGGUCAUGGAGCUACCCCAUGUUCUAGGACAAGAGUUCUCAGUCUCUGUGCAAUAUGCCCCCUGGGUCCCAGGAGGGUCUGGAGGACUGGCUCUCAGAACCUCCUGGUGCCCAGGUGGGCUUAGGGAACCAUCUCUCCUACUCUCCUUGGGAUUAUGGCUGGCUGGUCGGCCUUGCAGGUAUUCCUUGGCUGGAUGGGAGAGUGCCCCGUGUUCUGCAAGACUACUUGGUAUUCUUGUAGGGCUGACACUAAAAGCCAAAUCUUGGGCACUGUUUUCUCUCCCUGGUGCUCAGAGCGCCUGUGGGAGAGGUUGCUGUCUCUCUCAGUACAAUCCAAAUUUGUCUGUAGACUUGUGCAAUAUUUACUGUUGUCUGUUGGAGGAAAAUGGAAAACCACACUGGGAAGAAACCCCCUUCCUUCAGUUUCUCAGUGAUGCUGGUGAGGGGUUCUCAGAAGGCCUUGAGUUUCCCAGACCGAAUCAUCUUAAGGACAGAGCUAGAGCAUUUGGCCAACCUGGUUACCCUCCUGCUAUUGCCCCAUAGUGAGGAAUCUUCCCCCCACAUCCUCUAGCCCCAAGUUCUCCUCCCCACAGCCAAUCCUCUUUCCUGAAUUCCUUUACUCAGUUUUUAUUCAAAGGUGCUAUUUACCAAACACCCUCCCUAGCCAUUCCUACCAGUUCUGCCUCCUUUUCAACUCUCCGGGUUUCAUGCUGCCUUCCCAGACUCUGCUUCCAGUCUUUAUUGCUUUAAAGUUAACUUUGGGCCCACAGACCCAACAGCUAAUUUUCUGGCCUGUGGGUUAAAACAAAGCUGUGAAUCACUGCAGGUUGUGUCCUUGCAUCUUGUCUGCAAACAGGUCCCUGCCUUUUUAGAAGCAGCCUCAUGGUCUCAUGCUUAAUCUUUUCUCUUCUUUUUAAUAUUCACUUUAAAAAAAGCAACAAAACCCCCGAGCUGGACUGUUGAGCAGGCCUGUCUCUCCUAUUAAGUAAAAUAAAUAAUAGUCGUACAUUUGUAAGCUAUUCUGACAGAAAAGACAAAGGUUACUAAUUGUAUAAUAGUGUUUUUAUAUGGAAGAAUGUACAGCUUAUGGACAAAUGUACACCUUUUUUGUUACUUUAAUAAAAACGUAGCAG